AUGGCGAGCUAUCUCGACGAUCAAAGCCAGCUGCAGAUCGACUUCGAUAUCCCAUCCUCGCAUGCCGGACAAAAUCCUACGAGCUAUAAUUCUGGACAAGCCGCUACGGAUUCCAAUAAUGGCGACGGCAGCUACGUCCCCCGCCCAAAGCGCAUUGCGUGCGCUGUUUGUCGGCGGAGGAAACUCAAAUGCGAUGGGAGGAAGCCCAGCUGCGGGACUUGCUCGCGCCUAGGCCAUGAAUGCACAUAUGAUGAGGCGCGGAAGAAGAGUGGACCGAAGAGGGGAUAUGUGAAGCAGUUGGAGGCCAGGUUAGCCCAGGUCGAGACGUUAUUGAAAACCCAGGAACCCAGUACCACUGCGGCCCCAAAUCAAGAACAAACCUUUUCCAUCAGUAUGCCAAACGAGCCCUCCGGUGCCGGCCUGCAUGUGAUGGGAAGUAGCCUCCACAACUCUAUUAAUUCAAUGUCUCCGGUUGAAGGCCAGCAAGUGACUGAGCUACCCACAUCAUUUAAACCAGAGGGAGUUGAUGCAACAAGUAGCUUCGGAUGGGAUAUGAUCAGUUUGGGCUUAGAGGAGCCUUUUCCGGCUCGUGAGGUCAUUGAAGAGCUGAACCAAAUCUAUUUCGAGAAGAUCCAUGCCUUUAUGCCAGUAAUACAUCGUCCUCGAUAUAUGGCCACCAUGAAUUUCGCUCCUACUUCACGACCUCCAGCAUGUCUGCAAUACAUCGUUUGGGCCCAUGCAGCGGCUGUCAGCGAAAAAUAUUCCAACUUGCAUGCACUCUUUUACCAGCGUGCUCGGAAGUACGCUGAGUUGGAUCAAAUGAAAGGCCUUGGGGAAACUAUUCUCAGUUUAGCUCAUUGCCAGACAUGGCUACUCAUCGGUUGCUACGAGUAUAAAAUGAUGUUCUUUCCUAGGGCAUGGUUAAGCGCUGGGUCAGCUUCUAGACUAGCCGUUAUGCUUGGGUUGCAUCGGCUAGAUGGCGAGGGUCUCGAGGUUAAGCAGUGCUUACCACCAGCGAGAGAUUGGACGGAGACGGAAGAGCGGCGGAGGGUUUUCUGGAUGACGUUCUGUGUUGACAGAUAUGCAAGCAUUGGGACUGGGUGGCCCACUUGCAUAGAUGAGCGAGAUAUCUUAACAAACCUCCCAGCGAGUGAAGAAGCAUUCACCAAUGGCAAAAUGGAGCAGACCGCGCGCCUAAGUGACGUUUUAACGGGCGAGGACCUGUCCACCUUAUCGCCCUUCGCAAGCGUGGCAUUUGUCUCGUGCUUGCUGGGCCGAAACUUGACGCAUCUGCAUCGGCCUGAACCCCAGGACAACGACAACGAUCUCAACGGAGUUUUCUGGCAGCGUCAUAGGUCCCACGAUAAUAUUUUACUUCACUUCGCGCUGUCAAUGCCGAGCCACCUGCGACUCCCCGCUGGGAUGGGCGAUGCGAACGUUCUCUUUUGCAAUCUGGCUGUCCACACUUCCACGAUAUGUCUCCACCAAGCGGCGAUAUUCAAGGCCGAGAAAAACCGCAUGCCGGAACAGAUUAUCCUAGAAAGCAAACGAAGGUGUAUCGUCGCGGCUGACCAAAUAUCAAGUAUCAUGAAAAUGGUUAGCUCCAUGGACAUGAGCAAAAUGAACCCUUUUAUUUCAUUUUGCGUUUAUGUCGCCGCUCGUGUCUUUGUACAAUAUCUAAAAUUCCGCCCUGAUGAUACGGCCGCCCGCUCUUCGUUGCAAUUUGUCUUCGUCGUUCUCGACGCUCUGAAGAAUCAGAACCCUCUCACCGAAUCCUUCCUGUGUCAGCUAGAAGUUGACAUCGAAGGAACUCCAUUCCAAGAUAUCCGGCUACCGUCGGCUGGACAGCAGACUCGAAGGUCCUUUUUUGCGGGCCAUACAUAUGGAGAGGUAAUACACAUAUUCCCCUAA